GACGACUAUGCAGUGUUUCGUUUGGAAAURWCUCAAAGCCAGAAAGAAAACAGGACAUUGCGGAGGAAACUACAGCUAUUGGAACUGAAGGUGGUACGGGAGCGCGCAGAGAGGACAAUUAGAGACCGAGUCCGCGCCAGUCGUCCCUGUAGUGUCAAGAUCCUCGACCAAUACAGAGGAAUGGCAAGAGCUGAAGGACAUCUCGCUGGAGGCCACAUGAGCUUUGUGAAACCAGUGGGACACCACGCGUGGAGAGAUGACCAACCCAUAGCUAUAGAUGAGGGGAGUGGAACCUCAACYCAGCAUGUUAUCGUGAUAGAGUCUGCAGAUGCAGAGGCUGCUGGUUCUGGAGGAUCGUCUCUGGUCAAACAGGAGAGKACUGAARGAGAGGACCCACGAGACAUCCAGACUAGAGCAGCGGCUGGAGUGGCGCCCCCUGUAGCCACCGAGGACCUCACCGCCUCGCCCCAGCCAAGGACCCGACGCAGCAUCACGGAGGUCAGUGGAAUGCUGGACGCCGUCCUCAAGUCAGAGACAGACACCGAGACUUUAACUGUAAUGCACAGGCGGCUAUUACACACAGGAUCUGACCACAGAUCAGACCCAGAGAUACUGGGGCUGAGGCGACUGGGCUGUCCUCCUGCUCCUGGCUUAGAGUAUUUACUUUAUGGUAACCCGAACACGAGGACGGUUCAUUCCCAUCGGGACUCAGGUUACGCGUUAGAGACUGGCAAUGAUCCGUCUUGUUCUUACACUACAGAGAUGGACCCUGGCAACAUGCCCUUGGGUUUAGAGACACAGACGGAUCUGUCUAGAGGGGACUGGAACCGGUACAGUAGUAGUGUGUACUCUGAAGGGUGCCUAGAUAAGAAAGGGGAGGUUAUAGUKGUAGAUGAGGUGACUGUGAAAGUGGAGGGCGACGCUCCUCUGACAUGGAAUGUGGAUGAGACUCACUUAGGGGAAGGACUCUCUCAAGGCAGAGCUUUAUUAGAUUACAGGGAAAGUUUAGAGACAAAUCCAAAUAUCGAGACCCACUCCCCUUUACAUGCGCUCAGGGAUCGCGACCUAGUGUCCACGUCAAUGGGGCCUUCCGAUUCACACGGCCGCAUCCUUUUUGAUCAGGUUUUGAACUCAAAGGACCAAGGGGCUCAGGUUUUGGGAGGGGGCGCAACAUCAGGCGGUAGUAAAGAUAAACCAUUCCUCUGCAUGCUCUGUAACAAAGGCUUCAGCUGCCUCCAGAAGGUGGAGAUCCACCAGAGGGUCCACACAGGGGUGAAACCCUUCAGCUGUACCCAGUGUCACAUGCGCUUCACUGAGGCUGGCAAACUGAAGAGGCACCAGAGGGUCCACACAGGGGAGAAACCCUUCAGCUGUACCCAGUGUCAAAUGUGUUUCGCCCAGGCUGGGCACCUGAAGAGGCACCAGAGGGUCCACACAGGGGAGAAACCCUACAGCUGCCCCCAGUGUCACAUGCGCUUCACCCAGGCUGGCAACCUGAAGAUGCACCUGAAGGUCCACACAGGAGAGCGGCCGUUCGCCUGUACGCACUGCGGGAAGAGGUUCUCAGAAAGGAGCUACCUCAGGAUACACCAGCUGAAAAAACAUUMCACUCUAUAACAUAGAAAGUAACCAUUCCACUUGAUUGCUUUUCACAUGUAGAUCAAAUGCUGCAUUGUCAGCAGUAAAGAUCCACAGAUGAAUUUGGAAUAACGAGUAAUAGAUUUUAGUGUUGAAUAUUCCUGAGUAGAAUUUUGCGUCCAGGCAUUGUGUGAUCUAUAAGCCUUAAAAGUACUGUGUAAGCUAUAUGUUUAUAAAUGCCCAUUUCAUUACUUCCAACUACUUGAUGAGAAAAUGAAUGCAGUUUAUCAAGUUCAUACAGAUUUUUUGUUGACAUGCAUGUGUGGUUUUUAUAUGGAUUAUUUAACACUUGUUAAAUACACUCGUAACCAUAUACAGGUUGAAAAUGGAAGAAUUGGGCACUAAUAAGCAAACAUUGGAACGUGGUAGCUGUACAGCACUGUAUGGGUAAGCGCUGUAUGGGUUUUGACUGAGGGAAAUGCUGUAAAUUAAGAUGACUCGAUGUAUCGUGAAAGAUGAGACGUUGAGGAUUCUAAUAAAUACCGCUUUGAUGUCAUACAAGCAAGCCAAAUCUGCACUUCACAUCUCCAAAUCAAACUGAUGUAAUAUACAGUGUCAACGUUUUAUGAUCACUAUGUUUGAUGUACAGUUACAAGAUGACAUGGGGUCAUACCCUGGGUUCUUCUGAACAGACUGAGCCUAUGUUUGUUUAUUGUGAAGAAAACUCACUGCUGAACACGCACCUGAAUGCACUCAUGACUCCAUUCUAUGCGCACC